AUGGCACUAACAAUUCUGUCUUCUGUGUUAAAUCAGCUCUCAAUUCUUCUGCUUGAAGAGGGACAACUUUUGGGCGGGCUUCGCCAAGAGGUUGAGCUCAUCAGGGAUGAGUUGGGGCAGAUGAGAGCAUUCCUGAGAGUGGCAGAAACAAAGGAAGAAGAUGCUGAUCCCAGGCUCCAAGAAUGGAUCAAGCAAGUACGAGAAGCCGCUUAUGACAUUGAAGAUGUUCUUGAUGAAUUCGUAGCUCGCUUUGCUCGCCAUCCAGCAACAGGCUUCCAUGGCUCUGUUCGGAGAAUUUUCAACUCCAUAAAGACUUUGCGAGCUCGCCAUAAGGUUGCUGAGCAAAUACAAAGCAUCAAGGCCAGAGUAAAGAAUAUUUCUGAAGGGCAUCAGAGAUACCAAUUAGAAUUUGGUGUUACUACCCAGGUAUCUGGGUCUCCUGCUGCUGUUAACAACACAACAUGGCGCCAUAGCCGGGAUGAUGCAAUUCUUGUGGAAGAAGCUGAAUUGGUUGGCAUUGACAAGCCCAAACAACAGCUAGUUUCUCAACUGCUCGAGGGAGAUGAAUCCCAACUCAAAGUCGUUUCUGUGGUUGGUAUGGGAGGACUCGGUAAAACUACAUUAGUUAAAAAAGUCCAUGAAGAUUUAGAUGUUAGAAGGCAUUUCCCAGUUCGUGCCUUCGUAACUGUCUCUCAAACAUGCAACUUCCAGGAACUCCUAAAAGACUUGACUCGGCAGUUACACAAUGAAUUGAAGAAACCAGUUCCAGAAUCGAUUGAGGCAAUGACUGCAAUUCAGCUGAAACAAUGUGUUAAAGAUUUUCUGCAACAAGCUGGAAGGUAUGCAAUUGUGUUUGAUGAUGUAUGGGAUACGGAAUUUUGGAAUGCAAUCAGAAUUGCACUACCCAAGAAUGGCUAUGGCAAUCGUGUCAUGCUAACAACACGACAAGCCGAUGUAGCCUUUGCAUCUUGCACCCAAUCUCAGGAUUAUGUCUUCAAAAUGGUGCCCCUGUCUUUCGAGGAUUCAUGGACCCUAUUUUGCAACAAGAUCUUCAAAGGAAAUGGUUGUCCUGCCCAUCUAACAGAUGUUGCAAAAGGUAUACUGGGGAAAUGUGAGGGAUUGCCCCUUGCGAUUCUUGCAAUUAGCGGGCUAUUGGCUUUGAAAGACUUGAAUAUAGCAGAGGAAUGGAAGAUGGUUCGAUGCAGUCUUGGGGGAGAAUUAGAAGGCUCUGGUAUGCUGGACAAGGUUAGAAAGAUACUCUCUCUCAGUUAUAAUGAUCUACCUUGUCAUCUCAAGACUUGUUUGUUAUAUUUAAGCAUAUACCCAGAGGAAUUUGAAAUAGGUUGUCAUAGACUUGUUCAAUUAUGGACUGCUGAAAGAUUUGUAGAAAAGAGAGAAGAAAUGACUCUGGAAGAUGUAGGCUACAAUUGCCUCAAAGAACUUGUGAAUAGGAGCCUAAUUCAAGUGAGUGAAAGUUUCUAUGAAGGAAUCCCUUACAGUUGUCGAAUCCAUGAUCUAGUGCGAGAAGUUAUUCUUUCCAAGUCAAGGGAACAAAACACGGUGGCAAUUACUACUGGACAAUACACAAGGUGGCCAUCUAGUAAGGUACGGCGUUUGGUAGUCCAUAAUAGUAACAACACCCAGCAGCACCAAGAAAGCCAGUAUUAUUGCUUUGACCACCUUCGAUCCUUCAUUGCAAUUGAAUCCAUGAAUCCACUAGUAUCCAAAAAUUUGUUACCUAAAGUUUUAAGGAGUGGUAGAUUGUUAAAGGUUUUGGAUUUAAGAGGUGAAAAGACAUUGGAGGAAAUUCCAAUUGAGAUUUUCCACUUGUAUCGUCUCAGGUAUCUGAACCUAUACGGUACAGGAAUUAAAGCAAUCCCAAAAUCCAUAGGAAAACUUCGAAAUUUGGAGUAUUUGAAUUUGAGUGAUACUCAAGUUAGGGAGCUACCCAUGGAAAUCUUAAAGUUACAAAAGCUUCAGCAUCUUAGAGUAUUUAAACUAGUUGAUCCUUUGGAUCAUAAUUACGGAUUUCGUGGAUUUAUGGCUCCUUCGAAAUUGGGAGGGCUUUUUGCUCUACAAUCAUUGUUUGUCAUAGAUGCAAGUGAAUCCAUAAUAGUUAAAGAGAUAGGAAAAUUGACUGAAUUAAGAGAAUUAGGGAUUUCAAAUCUGAGAAGAGAAGAUGGAAAGGAGCUCUGUUCCUCCCUUGCCAACCUCACUAGUCUUCGGGAGUUAACCAUUUCUUCAAUUAGAAAAGAUGAUGAUGAUUAUGAAGUGAUGAAUAUAAAUCAUCAUCAUCAACAACAUUCUAAUUCUUCUUCAGUGUCUUCUUCGUUUCUUGUAUCUCUUCGUAUGCUAGUAUUGUCUGGCUGCUUAGAAAAGAUGCCAUGGUGGAUAGCUCAUCUUCAAAGCUUGGUAAGAAUAGAUUUGAAUUGGAGCAGCUUAAGUGAUGAGGAGGAUCCACUUGAAUCCCUCCACCAUUUGCCAAAUUUGGGUGCUGUUCAAUUUUGUGGAUCUUACCAAGGGGAGGGAUUGUGUUUCAAGGCUGGAGGAUUUCUAAGGCUGAAGACUUUGUAUCUAAAGAAAAUAGAUAAGUUAAGAUGGAUGAAAAUGGAGGAUGGUGCAUUGCCCAGUCUUCAAGAAAUCACUCUGGUAGAACUUCCAUUAAUGCAGGAGUUACCUUGGGGAAUUGAACACUUGAGCCACCUUCAGAAGCUGCGUUUGUAUCUGUUGAGUUCUCAAAUGACGAGGAAUCUAGUGGAUCAAAAUAAAGAAAGUGAAGAUUAUACAAGAAUUGCACACAUCCCUGAAAUUGUCAUCGGAUUUUUGUCAAAUGAGGGAUGGAAUGAGCACCGACUGUGGGGGAAAAAUAUGUAA